AGCAUCAGCAAGAAGAAAGGCAGAUGAGAUGAAGGCAAAGUGUCACUGACUUUUGCCUCUGUCCCUGGAGAGGAGAUUGCUGAUAUAGAGUCCCUCUGGCCUUCCCAAGACUGUCUGACAUGAAGAUAUAACUCCAAGUUUCUCAUUCCAAUUAUGGAUCUGAUCGACUCUAAUGAUUACCUGCUCAGUGUCUCUACUUUAAUAAGAAACAGCAUGCACAUUCCAACACCUGCCUCAAAAGUGAUUGUUGCACUUCUUUUUUUCACAUCAUUUAUAAUUGGCACUAUCACCAAUGGUUUCUACCUAUGGGUGCUAAAAUUCAAAAUGAAAAAGACUGUUAAUACUCUCUUAUAUUUUCAUCUCAUUCUCUCUUAUUUUAUUUCAACAUUAUUUUUGCCAUUUCUGGCCAUCUCCUACCUUCAGGACAAUUACUGGAGCUUUGGAAUUGCCACAUGCAAGGUCUUCAGUAGCAUUUUGUCUGCAGGGAUGUUUGCCUCUGUUUUCUUCCUCUCAGCCAUCAGCAUUGAUCGUUAUCUUCUCACUCUUCACCCGGUGUGGUCACAGCUGCACCGCACCCCACGCUGGGUUUCCAGCAUCAUCUUGAGAGUCUGGAUAUUUGCCACUGCCCUCAGCAUGCCCGAUGUGGUUUUCAAGGAGGUACAUGAUGACAAUAAAGGAAGAGUGACCUGCCAGAAUAACUAUGCUAUGUCUACUAAUUGGGAAGGCAAAAAGAUGCAAACAUUAAGAAAAUGGAUUCAUGUAGCCUGUUUCAGCAGCCGCUUCUUGCUGGGCUUCCUUCUGCCUUUCCUCACCAUCACCUUUUGUUAUGAAAGAGUAGCCAAAAAGAUGAAAGAGAGGAGCCUCUUCAAAUCCAACAAGCCCUUCAGAGUCAUGAUGACUGCCGUUAUCUCUUUCUUUGUGUGUUGGAUGCCCUACCAUGUAUACGAAGGCUUAAUUCUCACUAAGAACAGAUCACUACUUUUCCAGUUGACUCUGAUACUCACAGUGAUAACUAUUUCUUUCAAUACUGUCUUUUCUCCCACACUCUACCUAUUUACUGGGGAGAACUUCAGAAAGGUUUUCAAGAAGUCUGUUCUUGCUCUUUUUGAGUCAACAUUCGGUGAAGAUUCUUCGGGAGAAAGGACACAAAACCUAAAUUCAGAAGUCGAUAUUUAA